UUUUAUCUUGUCUUGAAAAAAAAAUUAAAUAAAAAAAGCGUUAUCUCAAUUAUAACAAUUGUUUGUCACGAUAAUUGACAAUUACGUUGGAUAAUUCACAUUCCGUUAUCAGUUCCUUGGCUUGCUGUUUCCAAGUCACAAUUAAAACACAACAUUAACGACAAAUCGACGUGUUUGAACAACAUUUAUACAAAUUCAAGGACGAUUAGAAAAAUGGUAGUUUUGUGUUGACAUACGCCACACGUGUGUUUGGAGCCGAAGUUUCUGUUGUUGUUCCUCCAACAUGGCGCUCCACCCACGAGCAGUCUAGAAGUUGAAGACUCGUAUAGUUUAGUAACAAACUUGGUUAUUUUUUUGUCCGCCAUGUCUGCCCACCUGAAAGUGUGGCGCGAAUCCGCCAGUUUGAUUUUGGCGGCAAAAGCAAUUUUCUCGCAACCCAGCCCGUUCAACUACAAAGUCCUGUGUCUCAAAAGGAGCUCGAAGUCGAAGUUCAUGCCAGACACGUACGUUUUUCCCGGAGGAAACAUAUCCAAGAGCGACAACACCCUGGACUGGCUAAAACUGUACGAAAAAUUUGGCUUUUCCAAACAAGCCUUUGAUGAUCUACGACCUGCUGAAAACGUGCCCGCGGUAUUACAAAAUGACGACGAAAACAGCCUGCCGAGAUAUUUAUCGUUCAGGAUAUGUGCCAUUAGAGAAACUUUUGAGGAAUGUGGCAUUCUGAUGUGCAAAAGUCCCAAAAUAAACUCUGACACAGUUUCGCAGUGGGCUUCGUUUAUCGGCGGACAUGAAUUUAUCGCGUGGCAACAGAGGGUGAACGAUGACCCGAAUGAAUUCCUCAACAUGUGUAAACAUUUCGAAAUCUUCCCCGAUGUUUGGGCACUCAAAAACUGGAGCCACUGGAUGACGCCCGCGUCGAACAAAACGCACAGAUUUAGCGCUGUUUUCUUUAUUGCUACCACGCACCAGAUGCCUAAUGUACACGGAGACGAUAAGGAGAUUCAAGACUUAAUGUGGACCACGCCUGAUGAAUGCCUACAGAUGAAUAGCAAAGGCACCGUUAUGCUCCCGGUACCACAGUUUUAUGAAAUGUCGCGGCUUAAAACGGUCUUGGAUGUUAAUGCGCUUUCAAGUUUUGCCAGUAAUAGAGCUAGAUUUGGGUUUGAGACUUUCUGGCCCUACAGAAUUGACACUAAUAAUGGUGUAUACACGGUCUUACCAGGUGAUGAUUUAUAUCCCAAAAAUAUGGAUAAGGACUUUACUGAAAUCCCUCGGUUGAAUGAACUUCCCGAGUCCGAAAACAAACACAGAGUUCUUCAUAAGUCCGCGUAUUCGAAUUUGUUAGAAAUUGAGAAUUUUUCUUCCGCGUGUAGGCAUAUCGUACCCAUGAAGUCCAUCUAAGAUGUCUAGAAAUUCUAAGUUAGUAAUAAAUACUCAAAUAUGUAGAUAUUUAUAAAAAUUGUUUGGUGUGAGAGUAGGGUUAAUGAGAUAAGUUUCUUAAU